ACCAAUGACCAUGGCAACCAAUUCCAAGAUAGUACUGGAGAGUAUCUUCAGAUUAGAUCCUGGAGCUGAUCUAACUCAGAAGCAACGAUCCGAGCUGUUUACAGCGAUGAAACCAAGAUGUCUGGUAGAAGCAUUCCGAGAUACUGAUUUCAUUAGGCUCGGAGACCAAUAUGCGGGCUUGAAAAUGGACUCACUGAAGGAAACCUUUCUCCUGCUCAAAGACAACAUCAAACUCUUAGAACAGGUAGCAGAAGUUAUCUUCGAGCACCUGAAGGACAUGCGGUCAGAAUUAUGCAAGGAUGAAAUCGAAUCCGAUCUUCUCCGAGUAGUUCCGAUCCUACUCGAGUGUCCAGCCUUCGACAGACCGGAUAAAGAGUGGGGUGAUCGAAUCAUCAGAGAAAUGGCAGAAACAUUGAUCUUGAUGCAUGAAGCAGCAAAGAGGAACUACGAAGUGCUUGUUCGUUGGUGUGAUAAGGACUCGGACCUUUUAGCCAGAGUGAUUAAGGUCUACCUACAGGCAUUCAGGAAUCUGCUGAAGUGUUGUUGGGACAAUACUGUGCCGAUACCACGUGAUAACCUUUACUUAGCGAUGCUGGAAAUCUUGAGACAGGUUCGUAUGUUUGUGAAACGGAAAAUGAUUUCAUUUUCAAUUUAAAACAGUUAUUGGUCGUUCUGUCUGUCUGACUUCGUGUUUGUUUUCAUGUGACGUAUUAUCACAAUAUGAAUAUUCAUAGCUGUGAAAUACAUAGUGAUGUAGACCUCUAUCAACAGAACGUAACAUAGUCUGAUGCAUACUGUUGGGGAUAGGUUGAGCAUUUUACCUUUCAACUCUUCCUGUCAGCAACCUUUACUUUUACCUCUCUUGAUGUU